AUGACGCUUAACCUCAACGACUUUGAUGUCCUGGUCUUUGAUAUUGAAGGAACCGUUUGUCCCAUCUCCUUUGUCAAGGAUGUCUUAUUCCCGUAUGCACUCGAAGCACUUCCCAAAGUCUUGGAACAAGAGUGGGACAGUCCAGAGUUUGCAAAGUACCGUGAUGCUUUCCCUGAGGAGUACCGCAACUCGCCUUCUGACUUUGAAGCUCACGUCCGCGAUCUCGUGAAGCGCGAUGUCAAGAUAGCGUACCUCAAGUCGCUUCAGGGAUACCUCUGGCUUCAGGGAUACGAGUCUGGCAACAUCGUCGCUCCCCUCUUCCCGGAUGUUGAGAUUUUCUUCAACGAAGCCAUCCAAAACGGAAAGAAGAUCAUCAUCUACUCCUCCGGCUCGGUCCCUGCGCAGAAGCUGCUCUUUUCGCACACGAAUUCUGAGAAGUCAGAUAUGACACCUCUUAUCGCCGAUUAUUUCGACACCACCAAUGCGGGGCCCAAGACCGAAGUCGACAGCUACAGCAAGAUCAUCUCUCAUCACCCAGAGCACAAGCACCUUGAUAGAUGGCUCUUCCUAAGCGAUAACAUCGACGAAGUCAAGGCUGCUGUUGGAGCGGGUAUGCGCAGCGUGCCCGUUGUUCGUCCUGGAAACGCGCCCUUGCCGCCAAAUGAACUUCUAUCCAAAGUCGCAAUUACCGAGUUCAAGCACUCAGAAACUGCUUCAUUGGGAGUAUGA